AUGUCGGCCUCACCUUCGGAUUCGACUGGUACCUCGGACUCUGAGUCAAGCCGUGCACCAUCACCUCCUCAAUUCCAGGGACCACCAGCAGCCAGUACUCGCUCAAAGAAGUCUAUGGCUCAGGCAACCGCAAGUUCUGAUCCAGUCCCUCUCACCCCUCAGCCUCCCUCAGCCAGUACUCGCGCAAAGAAGCAGUCCGUUCAGUCGACCAAAUCAAGCCCUGGCAUCAAGCCAUGGAACAUCCAGAGCACCAAGUCUGUUACCCGCCGCGACCACAACAAAGUCACCAGUCCAGCCGUCGGCUCUGGUCAGACCUCCGGAUCUACCACACUGCCCAGUGAUGUCGAAGUGGAGAUCGUUGCACCAGUCAACCAAACUCCUAAGCCUGCUGAUGCCAGCAAUGCCGAGUCUAGCCACUAUCCCACUCUNGAACCUGCUCGUCUGAUUUCUAGCAAGACGUUCGACAACGCUGUCCGUCAAGCCGUCAAUUGCAGAAUGCCGAUGAAGAUCAAGUUCCAAAUCUUCCUCCGUGAGCUGGACAAGAAUGCUUCUCACUAUGGACAUCUGAAAGUACCACCAACUCUCGAGACCAGCCUUCGUGAACUGCUUCAAGCCGUCACUUACCAGCAUUCGGCUAGAUUCCUCACAAUGGCCGAGGCACGCAGAUUCUGGGAGACUGUCAGAGAUCUACAGGACACUGAAUGGAAGGUCUACCAAACCCUGGAAGAUGUCACCAAUCUUUUGACCGCCAAAUCCGAUUUCGACAAGUCCGAAGCUGAAAUGAUUCUUGGUCAGCUAACCACCAUCAAUACCGCCAUCGAAGCAUUCUGCACUCGCAUGUCUGCUCACCUCACGCUUACAGCUGAGCAAAGCAGCAUCUUUGGCGAAGGUGAUCUCACAGACCGCCAACUUCUUUACUUCCGCCUCGCCAGCACUAACGAUCUGCCUUCGGUCGAGGAGCGUUUCCGCCUUCUCUGGGCUGUCUACCCUGUUCAUGGUAUGAGACUCCGUUUCCACGGCUGGAACCGAGCUCUUUCUGGAAACAAUGCUGCCCUGAAGACCACGUUGAACACACUCUCUGCCACUAUCGCUGCUGCUGGCAAUGUCGAAGAAGUCCAGACUGAGGCUCGUGGCCUCAAGAGAAAGGCCGAGGACGAGAAUGAGGAUGAGAAUGAGCAGUGA